GUGCUGCCCGCUCGGGCCCAGAAAUGGGAUGUCAGGCCUCCAAAAGGAGCACAGUGGAAGCCAGGGCCUCCCCGAGCCGCUGCUGUGACGGCCAGUGAGCGCGCAGCAGAGGAUGUCCACCACGACGACAGUCGCCCCCACGGGGAUCUCGGCGGCCCCGGGCCCGGUCAACCCGCCCCCGCCGGAGGUCUCCAACCCCGCCAAGCCUGGCCGCAAGACCAACCAGCUGCAGUACAUGCAGAACGUGGUGGUGAAGACGCUCUGGAAACACCAGUUUGCCUGGCCCUUCUACCAGCCUGUGGAUGCGAUCAAGCUGAACCUGCCCGAUUAUCAUAAAAUCAUAAAGAACCCGAUGGACAUGGGGACUAUUAAGAAGAGACUAGAGAAUAAUUACUACUGGAGCGCGAGUGAGUGUAUGCAGGACUUCAACACCAUGUUUACAAAUUGUUACAUUUAUAACAAGCCCACAGAUGACAUAGUGCUAAUGGCCCAAGCCUUAGAGAAAAUUUUUCUGCAGAAAGUGGCCCAGAUGCCCCAGGAGGAAGUUGAAUUAUUACCCCCUGCUCCGAAGGGCAAAGGCCGGAAACCGGCUGCAGGAACUCAGAGUGCAGGUACACAGCAAGUGGCGGCCGUGUCCUCUGUCUCCCCAGCAACCCCCUUCCAGAGCGUUCCCCCCACUGUCUCCCAGACGCCUGUCAUCGCUGCCACCCCAGUGCCAACCAUCACCGCAAACAUCACGUCGGUCCCUGUUCCCCCGGCCGCUGCCCCGCCUCCUCCCUCGACGCCCAUCAUCCCCGUGGUUCCUCCCACACCGCCUGUAGUCAAGAAAAAGGGCGUGAAGCGGAAAGCAGACACCACGACGCCCACGACAUCCGCCAUCACCGCCAGCCGGAGCGAGUCGCCCCUGCCGCUGUCAGACCCCAAGCAGGCCAAGGUGGUAGCCCGGCGGGAGAGCGGGGGCCGCCCCAUCAAGCCGCCCAAGAAGGACCUGGAGGACGGUGAGGUGCCGCAGCACGCGGGCAAGAGGGGCAAGUUGUCGGAGCACCUGCGGCACUGCGACAGCAUCCUCAAGGAGAUGCUGUCCAAGAAGCACGCGGCCUACGCCUGGCCCUUCUACAAGCCGGUGGAUGCUGAGGCCCUGGAGCUGCACGACUACCACGACAUCGUCAAGCACCCGAUGGACCUCAGCACCGUCAAGAAGAAGAUGGACAGCCGCGAGUACCCAGAUGCUCAGGGCUUUGCCGCUGACAUCCGGUUAAUGUUCUCCAACUGUUACAAGUACAACCCCCCGGACCACGAGGUGGUGGCCAUGGCCAGGAAGCUCCAGGACGUGUUUGAGAUGCGGUUUGCCAAGAUGCCUGACGAGCCCGUGGAGGCGCCAGCGCUGCCCGCCCCCGCGGCCCCCGUGCUGAGCAAGGGUGCGGAGAGCAGCCGCAGCAGUGAGGAGAGCUCCUCGGACUCAGGCAGCUCCGACUCGGAGGAGGAGCGGGCCACCCGGCUGGCUGAGCUGCAGGAGCAGCUGAAGGCUGUGCACGAGCAGCUAGCCGCCCUGUCGCAGGCCCCCGUGAACAAGCCAAAGAGGAAGAAGGAGAAGAAGGAGAAGGAGAAGAAGAAGAAGGACAAGGACAAGGACAAGGAGAGGCACAAGGCAAAGUCUGAGGAUGAGAAGAAGGCCAAGGUGGCCCCACCUGCCAAGCCGGCCCAGCCGAAGAAGGCGCCUGCCAAGAAGGCGAGCAGCACGGCCGCGACCAGCAGGCAGCUGAAGAAGGGCGGCAAGCAGGCAUCAGCCUCCUACGACUCAGAGGAGGAGGAAGAGGGCCUGCCCAUGAGCUACGACGAGAAACGCCAGCUCAGCCUGGACAUCAACCGGCUGCCCGGGGAGAAGCUGGGCCGGGUGGUGCACAUCAUCCAGUCCCGGGAGCCCUCGCUCAGGGACUCCAAUCCCGACGAGAUCGAGAUUGACUUUGAGACUCUGAAACCCACCACUUUGCGGGAGCUAGAGAGAUACGUCAAGUCUUGUUUACAGAAAAAGCAAAGGAAGCCAUUCUCCACGAGCGGGAAGAAGCAGGCAGCCAAGUCGAAGGAGGAGUUAGCUCAGGAAAAGAAGAAGGAGUUAGAGAAGCGGCUGCAGGACGUGAGCGGACAGCUGAGCAACAACAAGAAGCCGGCCAAGAAAGAGAAGGCGGGCUCCGCGCCCUCGGGAGGGCCGUCCCGGCUCAGCAGCAGCAGCUCCUCCGGGUCCGGGAGCAGCAGUUCCAGCGGAUCCAGCUCGGACAGCAGCGACUCGGAAUGAGCUCUGCACUCACAGAACAGAACAGAACCAGCGACGUCGCACACGCCGAAACUCUGCAGUGUUCCCUUCUCUGGUUAAUAUACUACUUUCGUUCCACGGUGUGCAGGUUUCUUUUUAACUCAGUGUUAUGGUAUCUUCCAGUUUUUGCUUUAAUAGGUCAAAGAUCUUUCUCGUGUGUCCGUGAGGCUUUAUGAGCAGGGGUGAGACCGCGUAAAGCCCUUUCCUCGUAACUGAGUUCAGUUGCUUGGAGAUGGCAACUUCCAACGCUGACCUGAUGACCGUAGAAAACCGUGUCGGAUGGGAUCUGAAGUUUCUUGCAAAAACUCCUUUCUUAGGCCCGACCUGGUCUGUAGCUCCAGAAAGAAUUGUUGGAAAGGAAGUUUCUCUGAGAUGGUACCAUACUGAAGGCUGUCAGCUUUGCGAAUAGGUGUUGUCUCUGCCCUUCGACUCCCCGCGCUCAGCCCUGCAGCGGCCAGGCUUGCCUCUUGCUGCGGGGGCCGAAGGUUGGGGGGCGGGGCCCGUGGGCUCCAGUCCGGGCUUCUGCAGGGGAAGGUUGGGGAGAGGCAGGUGGGCGCAGAGGGAGGGGCGUCAGGAGCUCCCGGGAGGGAACACGGGGGCCGCCUGUGCCACGCGCAGCUUUCCAUACACUGAAACUUUUACCUCAACUUAAAAAAAAAAGGAAAAAAAAGA